GACAGAUGUUUUGUGUUGGGGAUUUGGAUCACAAUAUAUUCAAUUAAAGUUCAACAGUUGUGUCAUGUCAUCAUUGUAGCAGUUAUAUUGGACAGUUUGUCUAUUUUUCUGCGGCACAGAUAUUUAGUGCUAAUAUUUAAUCAGAUUAUAAAGGGAACAGUUCCAAAAUUGAACUUAUGAAAAUGGUUACUUAAAGUGUAAUGAUGAUACGAUGACCAUCCAAUUACUGUCAAUAGUUUAAUAGUUAGUUGAAUUUUUUGCCAUUAUUUUUCAUAUUAUUUAUAUCCGUUCGGUCCAGCAUAAUACUAUGUUCUAGUCAGCUGAUGAGGAUGAAUCAUUCCUGAUUGUGAUAAAACUCCAGAGGGUGCAAGAUGAGCAAUUUAAAUUCUACCGAUAAAUUAACAGAGUUCCCUUCUUUGGAGAGGGAUGAAAGACCGGAUGGAAGAUUCUCAUCCUUAUCCAAGUUCUUAUUCUGGAGGAAAGGAGAUGAACCUCCUCCCCUAUCUGAGAAUGGAGUGGUACAACUGCCACCUGCCUCCGGGGUCGGACCUAUUCCAGCUCCUCCAGUUAUGACGAGUGCUUCGCCUUCGUCAUCUACAAAUGUUACCUCUGUUGGGAGAAAAAUCUCAGUUACCAUUCCGCCAUACAGGCUAGACUCCAAUGUGUCUAACCCUUCACCUGAUUCCAUGGAUGGACCAGCAUCUCCAGGUUCAUUUGAGGCCAGGAAUGUCUCAAAUGUGUUAAGACGGCUUACGAACCUUAUAGCGAUGGGAUCGAAUCAGAAUCAAUCUGAUCUGAAGAAGUAUUGGAUGCCCGACUCGGUCAGUAAAGAGUGUUAUGAAUGCGGAGAAAAAUUUACCACAUUUCGUCGUAAGCAUCAUUGCAGAGUAUGUGGACAGAUAUUUUGUUCGAGAUGCUGUAAUCAAGAAAUACCAGGCAAAGUGAUUGGUUACACAGGGGAUUUGCGAGUAUGUGUAUAUUGCUGCAAAAUAGUUUUAUCUUACCUUCGCUCAUCGGAUACUAACCCUGAUGGAACUACGGAUUUGCGAUCUGUACAAGAAGACCUUCAGAACAGAUUUUUUGGACCCAAUAACUCUGACUUUCUCCAGAUUGGGGGUGGUGGUGGACUACAGACUCCGGCUUCCGAACAUUCUAGCUCGUAUCGAUCCCUUACUCGCCGAAAAGCUUCUGCAUGUUAUCAAGAGGAACGUUUUGCGGGUACAAAGGAGCAUUCCUUUGAUUCAUUUCACACUAAUGAUGAUAAGCCAAAAAUCGUAUGGGAUUGGGUUUCCUUGAAAUCUAUGUGGGAAGAGAUGCUGAAUCCAGUCACUGGAAUUGACUGGGCAACACAUCGUCACAAUAUGAUGAAAUAUUGUCAUUCAUGUGUUGUUGGAAGUGAGCUUGUUGACUGGUUGUUGGCUCAACGGAAAAUAACAUGGAGAGGUCAAGGGGUUCAAAUUGGACAACUAUUAAUUGAUGCAAAUUUACUAGAAUGUGUGUCUCAAGCGGAACAAGUAUUCGUUGAUGCCUAUGCUUUAUAUCGUCCCGUCCAACCCGUCCAAACGCCUUUGUCUUCAUGCCUACCUGAAGAAACAACCGACUCCGAAAAUAUUAGCAGUCGACAUAGUGUUGACCUUGAAGGGGAAGGAUUGAGUCGAGAUUCUCGAGAUUGGGGUGGUCAAGACCCGGUAUGGCUGAAACAAAUAUCAAAUCCUGCGCGAAAAAUUGAAGAAGGUUCAGAAGAUGAUAAUAGUUCAACAAAAAACGAUGUUACAUCAGGGUCGACAACGACGUCGACGAGUGACUCAAAAUCACGUCUUCCGUCAUCAAGUUCAUAUUCUUUAGACUUAAAUUUUUCUAGCAGCACAGUUUCCAUUUCCAAACCAAAAGACGCACCUACUUUUGACGAAGUUGAUGUUGUGAGUAAUGUAAAUACAACAACUCAAUCCUCUUCUAGUCUACAAUCCAAAAAUCAGACACUACAAAAAAAUGUCAGUAAAAUCAGAAACUCUAGUGCUACAACUGAAACGAUGACGGAUGAAUUUCUCCAAAAGACCUUGCAAUCUCAAAAGGAUAAAGGUAGAGACAUGGUUCCAACCACGGGGUGGCACAAUCCACAACAAUUAACAACGGAUGGAGAGCUCAAAGCUUUCCAAACGCUAUGCAACUCUUAUGUUAACCACGAAAACAAUUUACUAAAUCAGCUAUUAGACAGAAUGGGUGUUUCUCCAUCAUGGGCCGAUGUAAUAUUGCCAAUUGUGCACAAAGUCACAGAAAUUGUGCGACCAGAUGUACGAAAUGCAGAAGACGAAAUGGAUUUGAGACAGUAUAUUCAGUUCAAAAAAUUACCAGGAGGAAAGAAGGAAGAUUGCAGAAUUGUCAAUGGAGUUGUAUGUACAAAAAAUGUGGUCCAUAAUCAAAUGCGAAAGCGUCUCAAGGAUCCAAAUAUCCUUCUCAUUGGAUCAUCAAUCGACUAUCAACGAUUUGAGAACAGAUUUUUAUCAUUGGAGCCCCUAGUCAUGCAGGAACACGAUUACCUCAAAAAUACAGUUGCAAGAAUUUCUGCUAUGAAACCGGAUAUUGUAAUUGUCGAAAAAACUGUGUCUCGUCUCGCUCAGAAGUUCAUGUUAGAAUUAGGAAUCACUCUUGUUAUUAAUGUCAAACCAUCAAUUAUGGAACGUGUUGGACGAUUAACUCAGGGCGUAAUUUGGGAAUCAGCAGACACUCCUUUAGGUCGACCUCAACUCGGACUAUGUCAUAAUUUUUACUUGGAAACUUUCCAGCUCACAGGGGGGAAGCAGAAGACUUUAAUGUUCUUUGAUGGCUGUGCAACACAUUUAGGCUGUACGGUCUUACUUCGUGGUGGAAGUCAUUCAGAACUUGUUAAAGUGAAAAAAAUUGCCUCGUUUUUAAUUUUUGUGGCCAACAACUGGAGACUAGAGAGAUCAUUUCACAUUGAUUCAUUCUCUAUGCCUCCUGAAGAAAAUAAAGAAGAUUGCUUGCGUUCCCCAUCCUAUAGUGAAUUUGUUGAUGCUAAGGAGGAUAUUACGGGUAGUCCAGAGACCACUGAAGUGUCUAAACUUGUUGCAAGGACCACUGAGUCUAUCAAGUCAAACUUUGAAAAUUCGUUAACACAAGUCAUCCUGUCAGCCUCGCCAUUUGUCAAGUAUCCACUUCCAUACUUGGAAUCUGAAAUUGGGAAGGCUUGCGAAUUACGGAAAUAUUUUCCAGAAGUAAUAUACUCUACUCCACAACCAGCUAUUACCACUACUGACCCUACACAAAUUCUCGAAGACAUUGAUAAUAAUAAUAUGGAUGACUGUUUUGACUCUGUGAUGUUAAAUAGCAAAAUUUCUACUCAUAAGCCACGAAUUCACUGGGAAGAAGCACAUUUAUUUACAACGUCUAAACUGACUUCAGCCAUUGGUUCAGAUGAAGUUCAAGGAUUAAUAGCCGAUUUCCGAAGGAAAGGUUCUCGAUUAGAAUUAGAACCAGGGGGCAACUUUCUAAGCUCUGCAGAAUACAAUCCUAGUGACACGUCAAGUUGGAACACUGUGGAACAGGACAAGAUGAAGCCUGGAUUGGGUGAAACACAAAUCGACUCCCUCGACCCCUUGAAACAUCAAAGGUUGUCAGUUCUGUUUUGCAGCUAUUCUCCUGUUUCCGCUAAUUCGCCAUACUUCUGUGUGAAUCCCUGGGUUGUCAAUAUGGACAUGUAUGGGCGUAACGACAUCUCUUUAGGAAUGUUUCUUGAACGUUACUGUUUUCGGAAAACUUACCUUUGUCCUGCUCGUCAGUGUGAAACUCCAAUGAUCGACCACAUUAGGAAGUUUGUGCACAACAAUGGUUGCAUUGAAGUGAUUUUACGCGAGCUCCAAAGUCCAAUUUUGGGAUCAGGUCAACAAAUUCUUAUGUGGAACUGGUGCGCAAAUUGUAGAACGGUUUCUCCAAUAGUUCCCAUGUCAGUCGACGGUUGGUCUCUUUCAUUCGCCAAAUAUCUUGAGUUACGAUUUUACGGUCAAGCUUAUACUAGAAGAGGGUUCGAUAAUUUGUGUCCCCACUCGCUACAUCAGGAUCACCAACACUACUUUGCACAGCAUAGUGUAGUCGCCGCUUUCAAGUUUGCGCCAAUUAAAUUAUGGGAAAUUUCAUUACCUUUGUAUCAAUAUCCAAUAAGUGUGAGGAAAACACCCAAAAACGUUCCUCAGCUUAUUGAUGAAGUCAAAUCCGUCGCAAUUUUGGGUCACGGAGUGUAUUCAAAUAUCUUCGAUGUGUUAACUUCGUUGAAAGAAAAUCCUUCCGGAUUAAAAGUUGAAGAGGUACUAACUGCUCUGAUCGAACAACAAAAAGCGGAACGUGCCGUUUUCCGGUCAAAAAUUGAAGAUAUUCAAGUCAACUUGGCCACUCCAGCCUGUAGUGAUGCUUCAGAGGUGGACUCUCAUUUGUGGCGAGUAAAGGACAGCAUUGGAUUUCUCAAAUGUAAUAUUGCAGAGACGAUUCAACAGUGGAAUCUGUCCCUAAAUAAUUUCAUUUGUCAAAAGAAGAAAGAAGAAAAACAAGCCAAAGACACUACAAAUACUACUGCUGCUAAUACGACCACUGCUAAAACUCUACCAAGGAUGGAAAGCGAACCAAUACUUCCGAUUGUAAAGGACUUUGAAGAUUCUAUGGGAAGAUUGAGUUGCUUGGACAAUUUGAGCGUAGAUUUGUCAGAAGCAGUUACAUCAGCUCAUCUUGAACAUUCCAUACAUUCGAACAGUGAUGACCGUGACGCCCCAAAUUCUGAAAUCGGUACAACACAACUGGAUAUUCCAACGCCAAAUCAGAAGCGAAGUGCAUCUCCUUCUCCAAGCACGACAUCGAAAAUAGAAAAUGAUAAAACUAAGUCUGAAGCAAUUAAAGAAUAUGACGAGUCUUCGGAAUUUCCAAAAAUUGAAAAGAGGUCAAGUAGCAGCACUGUAAAAACGCUUAUUUCACAUUUCAUGUCUGGUCCAGGGGCUCAAAUCAUUCAGACUCCAUGGCCAGCGUUGGAACACCAUUUUCCUGCAGCAUACAGUAACAUUCCCAUACCAGUUUAUGAAAAUGAACCAAGUUCAAUUGUAGCAUUUACUCUUGGGUCCACCGAGUACAAGAGUAAAUUAAAGCAGAGUGGUUGUAGUAAUUUAAGCUGUGCAACCGGAGACGAUGAUAUGUUAUCAAGAAGAGGGAAGGUUCUCCAAACUAGUACAACUUCAUCGGGCGAAUUUAACGCAACAUCAAAUAAAUCCAUUCCAGAUGAGAAAGGUGCCGGUGAUACCGACGAAGAUAGAUCUGCGAAGAAGGGGGAUGGGAAUAUUGAAAUACAGUUCUCACACUCAUCCGCCAAGUUCUACUGUCGCGUGUAUUUUUCAGAAAACUUUCGACAAUUAAGAAAAACUUGCCUUGUUGAAGGUGAAGAGUUGUAUGUUCGAUCUCUUGCUCGAUGUGUGUCGUGGGCUGCAUCAGGCGGAAAAUCAGGCUCCACGUUUUGCAAGACAAGUGAUGACCGCUUUGUAAUCAAGCAAAUGUCGAGAUUUGAAAUCCAGUCCUUCCUAGAUUUUGCCCCAAAUUAUUUUGACUACAUGAAGUCAUCUUUGGAAGAACGGAAACCAACAGUUUUAGUAAAAAUUAUGGGAGUUUACAGAAUAGGAUUCAAGAAUUUCCAAUCCAACACUGCCUCCAAAAUGGACAUUUUAGUUAUGGAGAAUUUAUUUUAUGAACGAACCAUAACUCAAAAAUUUGACCUAAAGGGAUCCAUACGCAACAGAUUGGCCAAUGUCACUGGAAAAGAACAAGAAGAUUUGGUUUUGUUAGACGAGAAUCUGGUUAAUAUGGCAUGUGAAAAUCCUAUGUACAUUCGACCUCAUACCAAAACUGUGCUGUCAUUGGCAUUAAGCAAUGAUUCUAGAUUUCUUGCUUCCCAACUUGUUAUGGAUUACUCGUUAUUGGUUGGAUUGGACGAUAAAAAUGGAACACUUGUUGUCGGGAUAAUUGACUACAUUAGAACUUUCACGUGGGACAAGAAGAUCGAGACCUUCGUGAAAUCGUCUGGAAUAUUGGGUGGACAGGGUAAAACUCCCACCGUGGUCAGCCCAACGGAAUAUCAAACUCGAUUUUGCGAAGCUAUGGAUAGAUACUUUCUCCUUGUUCCAGAUCGAUGGCUAGGGCUAGGGUUAGGUAUCGACACGUAGAAAAUAAGUAAAUUAUUUUUACAUAACAAAAUCAUUGAUUGGUGGUAUUAUCUAUAUUCUUUAAUUUAAAAAAUGUCAUUUAAACAUUGUUUUUGGUAACAAGUAAAUAUGUAGCAAUUAUGUAACACUAUAGCUUUUGUAUGACGAUAAAAGUGCAGAUUAAAUUGAGACAUUCAAAAUUCUUC